CACACACACACACUCCAAACACAUUAACCACAGCGGAGCUCAGAGUGAAACAACAGGGUGGGAGAUAACUCGUGCACAUCGCGGAGCUUCGGUGCGGACAGACCGAGCGUCCCCGUUCCUCUGCGGCGCGCUCGCCCCGGCUGUAGAGACCGCUGGCCGGGACUUACCGGACACCCAGAAAUAAUCUGUUAACUUGAGGGGGAUGAUAGGACAAGGAUGCCCUGAGGGGAGCGAGCACCAGAGAGGCGGAAAAAGGGGCAACAAAAGGUCGGCGCUCACUAACACUCAGCCAGCUGUCCUGCUGAAGUCGACACCAGUGAAGUCUACCUUCAGGAUACAAAGGCUGUCCAUUUCCACCAACUCUUCACACUGAGCCAGCCCAUCACAGCACUUCUUAAAGCGGACGGUAUACAAUACAUGCUGUCAUCUGGCUUUGCUGAAGAUGAUCUGUGUGAACUGAGAAGGAAGUGAUCAAACAUUUAACAGAGGAGAGAGUGCUUGAAAUUGAGGGAGAAGGAGAAAGGAGCUUUUCCCUUGAAUCCUGCUCAUACAGUCGGCACUCUUACUGAGGCCAGCCUGUCCAUCACUGCCUUAAAAAGUGCUCAUUACUAUCACUGAACCGUGAAGUGGCAUGUUGUAAUAAUUGUUAUAGUACAGCUCUAAUAACAGAUCAAGGACACUUUGUUGGAUUUUUCCGAGCUGUGAAAAGCAUACUUAUUCUCAUUUUCCUCGCGCCAAUCAUCUAUUAAAACCCCUACCUGUCUAUUUGAAGCAAGUGCCGCUCGGUACAGUACUAUUUUUGCAUGACCCACUGCCUGCAUGAGUAACCAGGGUCGCUUUUGACUUCGAAGAAGGACCCUUGAGCCCACAACCAUCUUCUGACUGUCUGCCCAACUGUAGCAUUUGAGUGUGGGGGGGGGGUGGCUGUUUCAGAAUUAGGCCUCUGGACACUUGCUGAAGAUGACUUGAGUUGGCAGGCCUAAAAGCCCCUUACCAAGAGAGAGAGAAUUUGACAGCAGGACACACACACACACACACACACACACACAAAGAAGACACAAAUGUGGAUGCCGAGGCGGCUUUGAGCCAUGCUGGUGUUGCUACUUGUGGAGCCCUGGAGUACAGGCUAUCAUCAUCCCUAUCAUCAUUCACCCAAGCUGAGGAAGAUUCAACGGCCCGAAGGAAAGAGGCUACACUUCUGAACGAUUCGAAGGAGACUGUGAAAUUGUGCUAACACGCAGAGAUCCACAGCAACAUCCUCAAUAACCCAUAUAAACACUAAUACUCCCCUCCACAAAUCCUUGAUAGAGAAAAACAAGGCUGCGGCGGGCGUGAAAGGCACAGACACUGAACAGGAGCUGUGCGCCACCAUGGCAGCUGAGAGUGUUGCAGAACUCCGCGAUUGGCUCUUCCUGCUCCUCCUGUGCCUCACCUUAUUGGCUGAGGUGCUGGAACUGGCGGCAGCGGCAAUUGCCAUGGAGACGGGAGAGGGAGACGAGGGCAUAGUUUGCCCCUCGGUUUGCCGCUGCGACGAGGGUUUUGUCUACUGCAAUGACCGUGGCCUCAGCAUUAUUCCUCCGCUGCCGUUAACGGCUGCCAUCCUGUACUUACAGAGCAACCGCCUGAGUAACGCCGGGCUGCCACCGUCGCUGGAACGCAGCACUUCCAUACGAGUGAUUUACCUGUAUGCCAACCAGUUGGAUGAAUUUCCUAUACACCUCCCGCCUUCAUUACGGGAGCUCCAUUUGCAGGAUAAUAAUAUACGAACGUUACCGCGGUCGGCUCUUGCCAAGUUACCAUUACUAGAACGUUUGCACCUGGAUGAUAACUCGAUAUCCACCGUUAGCAUCCAGGACCGAGCCUUUUCUGGGACCCCACGGCUUCGACUGCUGUUUCUGUCUCGGAACCACCUGUCAAGCAUCCCUGCAGGCCUGCCAACAUCCUUGGAAGAGUUGCGACUGGAUGACAACAGAAUCAGCACCAUCCCUACUCAUGCCUUCCGUGGGCUCUCCUCUCUGAGACGCUUGGUCCUGGACGGGAACCUGCUGGCCAACACUCGCAUAGCAGAUGACACCUUUUCUCGUCUUUCCAACCUGACUGAGCUUUCACUGGUCAGGAACGCUCUGCAGUCUCCACCUGCCAACCUGCCUUCAGCUCACCUUGUGCGACUCCAUUUGCAAGACAAUGGUAUGACCCACAUCUCGAGGGGGGCGCUAGAUGGGAUGCGGCGGCUGCAGAGGCUGGACCUGUCGGGGAAUAAUCUCACCACUCUGCCCCGGGGACUUUUUAAGGACACAGAAAGCCUGGAGCUGCUACUGCUGCGAGGAAACCCCUGGUACUGCGGCUGCAACCUUCGCUGGCUCCAUGCCUGGCUGCACGGUCGGGGGGCGGCGGUUACAGUUAGGGGUCUAACCUGUCAGGGGCCUGAGCCUGUAAGGGGUCAGGCCCUUAGAGACCUAACUUCUCUGAUGGAGCAGUGUGAAGGUCCCCCUCCUGUUCCUAAUACUGGAAUAGGGAUGAACCCAGCAGACAAAGAUGGAGGAGGUGAAGAUGGUGUUGGAGGGGGUCAAGCAGUGGCUUCAGUCCCCCAUGGCAGCACCACCACUACCUCUCUGCUCAUCCCCACACAGGGUUCUCUUUUCACCCUGCGAGCUAAGCGGCCAGGCCUAGUUAUGCCUCUGCCCCCAGGUGAAGGAGGGCACGUAUCUGGAGAGGCACUGGAGCUGACUGUAAAACCUCUCUCUUCAGACAGCGUGCUGGUGAGUUGGCUUUGUCCAGAGCCGGCACCCUCCUUCCGCCUGUCGUGGCUGAGGCUGGGCAGCAGUGCAGCUCUCGGUUCAAUAACAGAGACUUUGGUACCUGGAGAAAGGAGGCAGUAUCUUCUAACCCAGCUCACCCCACGCUCCCAUUACCUCAUCUGCCUGCUGCCAUUACGACAGGAAACUUCCUUUGGGAGCCCCAGCAUGGGUUCGUCUCGAGCUGUCAGCACGGACACGGACAGUAAAGACUCAGCCCCGGCCUGUGCACAGAUAGAGACUGGAGAUGCUCUGGCACACUCAGGAGAAGAGGGCUCAGAUAAAAAGGGACGAGACUCAGAAUUAACAGCCCUGCCACUGGCUGGGAUUAUUGGGGGUGCCACAGCAUUAGUGAGCCUUCUGUUAAUCUUUGGCAUCUUCUGCUGGUAUGGACAGAGAUCAGGUUACAUAUCCGGGGACUCGGGCUCAUACAACAGGGGCCGGGGAGGAAAACAUUAUGAUGACUAUGUAGAGUCAGGCACCAAGAAAGACACUUCCAUCUUAGAGAUCAGGGCCCCUCCUGCAGGGUUUCAGAUGACAGCUAUGGCCCAUCAGCCUGUUCAGCCUAAGCUGGAGGAUGUCACCUACAUCCACACCAUUUUCCCCUCCUCCUCCUCCUCUUCCUCCCAAGCUAACGGGACCUACCGGAGCAGUCACGGAGCUGGCAGCCUAAAUGGCACCAUCCUCAGCCAAACCAGCCACCAUCGUGUUACAUAUGGCACCAACCGUGGCUACAGAGAGGGUGGCAUCCCUGACAUAGAUUAUGCCUACACGUGAUGAUACAGGGACGCACUCCCUGAGCCACGAAAGCCCUGUUGGCUAGUGGUUAUUUUGUCCUUGGUUUCCAAAGUACCCUCUGUGCCUCUGCUGGUUCAAUUCUGAUUGGUUUGUUAAGUAGAGAAUUUCUGCUAUGUUAAUUGGACAAUUGCUAGAGUGACAGAAGUGUAAGUCCUACUAUACUCUUCUACUGUAUAAAUACAAUUUAUAGUAGGCCCUUCUUUCAGCGCUUCUUAUAAAUGGUUACAGUUUCUCUUUUGGAUAUCUCAGUGUCUUUCAAACCUACUGUUCUUCUCAGCUAAUGAUAAUACACAGUAAAUUAUUUGAGGUUGAUAUACUAGGCUUAGCUGAUUUAGAAGGAGAUAUAUUUAUAAUAUGGGGAAAAGGCACUUGAUGUGUAUAGAGAUAGGUCUCAAAUCUUCCAACCAACUGUAAGCUUUGUGCUGUAUAGAUAAAAGGGAUGACAGAGGAAGAAAUCAAUGGUUGUUAUAACCCACAGAUGACAAUGCAUCAUGGUUGACAUGAAAAGAUGUGUUCCAAGCCCCUUCCUUUCCUCUGGUUUAUUCCCCUCCUUUUUAAUUUUUUCCUCCU